UCUUGUUGCGUCAAGAGAGACUACUGUUCUUGUGCCACUACAGAUCGAUCCCCACCCAAGUCAUCAUCAUGCAAUAUCUAUCGCACUCCCGUAAGAUCGCUAGGGUUUUGAAACCACUGUCACUCGUCGAGGCUGAUUUGAGUUUUGUAUACAAUUCGUCUCAUGUUGUUCAAUGGCCGAGCCAUCGAUCACUUUCCCACUCUGUAUCCCCAGGGAUGGAUACUUGCAAUCAGUUGUCCGCUCAAUCACCUACGACGGGGUUGAGAGCAAACUUUUCCUCUGAAGCAAAACAUGUCGAGAAUCCUACAGAGGCUGUCAAGGAACUACAUGGUAGAAUACUUGAUUCUGUUAAUGUGAAAAGAUCAAUGCCUCCGAAUGCUUGGUUGUGGUCAUUAAUUGAGAACUGUAAGAACGAGGAUGACAUUAGUUUUCUGUUUGACGUUCUGCAGAAUCUACGGAGAUUUAGAUUGUCCAAUCUUCGUAUUCAUGAAAACUUUAAUUGUAAUCUAUGCCGGCAAGUUGCUAAGACUUGUGUAAGUGUGGGAGCAAUUAACCAUGGUAAAAGGGCUCUUUGGAAACACAACGUUCACGGUUUGACUCCUAGUGUUGCAUCUGCACACUAUUUACUGUCAUAUGCAUUAGAGCACAAGGAUGCCAAACUAAUGGACGAAGUAAUGAAACUCCUAAAAACGAGUAAUCUGCCUUUACAACCUGGGACAGCAGAUUUAGUUUUCAGGAUCUGUCAUGAUACAGAUAACUGGGGUUUGUUAGCUAAGUACUCGAAGAAAUUCUGCAAAGCUGGAGUCAAGCUCAGGAAGACCACAUUUGAUGUCUGGAUGGAAUUUGCUGCCAAAAGAGGAGACACAGAAUCGUUAUGGAAUGUUGAUAAAUUGAGAUCUGAGACUUACACUCAACACACCCUUUCCGGGGCCUUUUCAUGUGCAAAGGGUUUUCUGCUAGAACAUAAACCCAAAGAAGCUGCUGCUGUCAUUCAGAUUAUCUGUCAGGCAUAUCCUGAUGAGAAGAAGUCAUCACUUGAGGCUGAAUUCAAGAAGCUGGUAAACGAGUGGCCGGUGGACGUUAUCAAGCACCAAAAUGAAGAAGAUAAGAAGGCGGUGGUAGCUUCGCUGAAAUCUGACAUCCCUGCAAUGGUCAAUGCUUUGGUAACCUCGGGUUUGAGAGUCAACGUUAAUUUAGAUGAGUUAAACAAGAAUGAAGCUCUUCUGAGCUGAUGACUGGAUCCAUUUGAAUGCAGCUAUAUAAGACCAUUUCAAGGCGGCUUUUCAGAAUAAUAGUCAAACCGAUAAGAGGGGAUACUGUAGGAGGAGAAACAGGGACAUUUCUGUUUUAGUUCCUUGCAAUUUUUACGACAACCCUUCCUUGUUCUUUAGGACUCAGGCCCAAACUGACGAGAGUUGCCUUUUUGUAGCCUCACUCAAAAUAAACUCUCGUUUGUCGUUUCCUUGAAAGUGUGUACUUUAUGCGGUAGUCAAUAAUAUUACAAGACUAGCGAAGA